AUACCUCUUAUUCAUUCACCGGGUCCUUGAAACUGCGAGUGGGUGAGUUUUUUUAUAGAGAGAGAUGGGGUUGUUGAUCUAUAUCUGUUCUUUGGUUCUGCUAUUUUCUCUAGUACCUCUGGGUGUUGCAAAAGAUCAACUGAGCUCAAGGGAGUGCGAGGAUCUGGGUUUUUCGGGGCUUGCUUUAUGCUCUGAUUGCAACACUUUGGCGGAGUAUGUCAAGGACCAAGAUUUGGUAUCAGACUGUUCAAAGUGUUGCACUGAGGAUUCUGAUGAUUCCAUUAGCAAGAUUACCUAUUCUGGUGCUGUACUGGAGGUAUGCAUGAGGAAACUGGUUUUCUAUCCUGAAAUUGUGGGCUUCAUUGAAGAAGAGAAGGAUCAGUUCCCUUCAGUUAAAGUUCAAUAUAUUUUCAAUUCUCCACCAAAGCUGAUCAUGCUUGAUGAGGCAGGCCAACACAAGGAAAACAUAAGGAUCGACAACUGGAAACGGGAACAUAUACUGCAAUUCUUGCGAGAGAAGGUUAAGCCCACUUCAGCAGACUGAGUAGUUUUUAUUUUUUAUUUUCUAUUUUUUUGUCUCUACCCGUGUCCUGAUUGUUACAGUUGUCCAGAUUCCUUUUCUUAGAAUUUAAUAUAAAAAAAAGUAGACAAUGAGAAUGGAAAACAUCAUAUUUUCGC